GCUCGCGGUGAGACGGACCCCCCUGCCCUCCCCAAACUCACGUUCGAGGCAGCCCAGCCCCCGCCCGGCGAGCCCCCACCCGCGCGCACGCGGGCCUCCUCGCUCGCGCGCUGACACGCUCGCACAGACGCAGGCGCGCGCUCGGCGCCCCCCUUCUGCUCGGCGCCGGGAAGCGGGGGCGGCGGGAGGGACAGGAGACGCUGGCCCCGUUCGCCGCUCUGCAGUCGCCGCAGCGUCGGGACCCGGACCAGCCGAGCCGCGGACGUGCCGCCGCGUGUCCUCUCGGCGCCGGGAGCCCGGAGCCGCGCGGGGACCCGCUUCAGCACCGCGGACAGAGCCAGACGCACGGGCGGGCUCCGAGACCUUCCCUCGGGCACCCCCUUCCCUCCCUCAGGCGUCCCGGGACUGAGGCUCCCGCGGAAGACGUGGCGCCCCACGCUCGCGGGACCGGGUGCACGCAGGACGGCCGGGGCGCCCCGCUGGGGAUGCGCCGAGGGCCCCGCGUUGGCGCUGCCCGGAGCCAGGGCGCUGCCCGGAGCCCAUGAGCACCAUGCGCCUGCUGACACUCGCCCUGCUCUUCUCCUGCUCCUUCGCCCGUGCCGCCUGCGACCCCAAGAUCGUCAACAUCGGUGCGGUGUUGAGCACGCGGAAGCACGAGCAGAUGUUCCGCGAGGCCGUGAACCAGGCCAACAAGCGGCACGGCUCCUGGAAGAUCCAGCUCAACGCCACCUCCGUCACCCACAAGCCCAAUGCCAUCCAGAUGGCCCUGUCGGUGUGCGAGGACCUCAUCUCCAGCCAGGUAUACGCCAUCCUAGUCAGCCACCCACCUACCCCCAACGACCACUUCACUCCCACCCCCGUCUCUUACACCGCCGGCUUCUACCGCAUCCCCGUCCUGGGGCUGACCACCCGCAUGUCCAUCUACUCGGACAAGGUAAGUCUGCCCGUUGGAUGGGCACCCAGCCAGCUCUGCUCCUGCGUCCAGGGGCCCUGGAAGCUGCCCAGUGAGAGGGGCGGGGCUCAGACAGAGGUGCUCAGAACAUGGGCUCCAGGCUCGAGGAGCAGCAGGGGGCAG